UUCUCAAUAAUUACACAUUCCAGAAGCUUCAGUAGUCCCCAUAGGCCAGCUCUCUUCCUGAAGCUCUCCUUCUGAAGAUGAAGGUCUUGAUGGCUACUGUCUCUUUCCUUCUCCUCCUCCUCAUCUCCACCACCCCAGGGUUCAAGGCUCAAGUCUAUUCACGAGGGCCUUACCACCCGGCUGAGUGCUGCUUCACCUACAUCACACGUGCCAUCUCACGGGAGCGCAUUACUAGUUACUAUGAGACCAGCAGCGAGUGCUCUAAGCCGGGAGUCAUCUUCAUCACCAAAAAGAAUCACUCCAUCUGUGCCAACCCCAAAGAUGAAUGGGUCCAGGACCUCAUCAUGGACCUACAGGAGAACUGAGUGGUCCAAAAGCGUGGCAGAAGGUCACAGCUCAGCCACCUAAAGAGAAAAAGCCAAGUGCCUCCUCUGGGCCCAACCCUCAGCCACGGGAAGCCCCUAGGGAUUUCUUGGUCUUCAAUUAAAAACUAUUCAUGCCUU